ACGGAGAGAGUAAGGAACCUUUUCUAAAUCGGAGUUCCAAAAUGGAGUCUAAAUGUUUCUGUUGCUUUACCUUUAUCAUCACACUCUACAUAACAGGUGUCUCCUCUGAGGGUCUGACUGCAUCUCCGAAUUGUCCAGCUGUCGGAGAUAACGUCACUCUUACUUUCACUUCUCAGAAGAAUAUCACUUCUGGUGUUUGGUUGUUAGAUGGGAAGGUCCUGGUAUUCUUUUACCCACCUAAUGUUAUAAUGACUGACGUUAACAAAGAGCGACUGCAUUUCAACUCAUCCACAAGUCAGCUCAUUCUGUAUUCAGUACAAGUGAAUGACUCUGGUAACUAUGUACUGCAAAGCAUGCAACCACUUGCAAAAGCAGAAAUUAGCCUGUCUGUUCAAGAGCCAAUCACAAAUGUGUCUUUGACAGUAAGUAAGACAAAUCUGGUGGAGUUUAAUGAUAGUGUCACCUUCAACUGCACUGUCACUGGCACACCAUUAAUCUUCUCAUGGUAUAAUGGCAGCUCCGAGGUCACAAACGCAGAUGUUCGAUUCAUUAGUGAUGGAAGUAGUCUCAUUAUCAACAAUAUAACAAGAUAUGACAGUGGGCCUUUCAGUUGUUCUGUGAAGAAUAACAUCAGUGAUAAAGCAAGCACAUCAAUUUCCCUCAAUAUCAGCUAUGGUCCCAGCAACCUGACAAUGGAAGUUCUGCCAAAAAUGAUGGCAUACAUUUCAGGAUCAAGCAUCAAUUUGUCCUGUUCUUGUGACUCCAAACCUGCAGCAUUAUUCCAGUGGCACUAUAAUGACAGUUCUCUUAAUGUAAUAAGCCCAACCUUCCAGAUUACUGGUGCCACUCAGAACCAAACAGGAACUUAUACCUGUAUUGCCCACAACAAAGUGACUCUCAGAUAUGCCACAGCCACCAGCAACAUCAGCAUCUUAGACCCAGUAUCUGCUGCUUCAAUUGUGCCUGUUGGUGAGCCACCAAUACUCAACAAUUCAUUGACCCUGAUCUGUAACAUCACGGGACCUGCAGACUUUGUUUAUUGGAAAAAGGAUGACAGCAGACUUUCUUUUUCCAACCAAAACAACACACUCACAUUUAAUCAGCUUGCCCUCUCUGAUAAUGGAAAAUACCAAUGUGUAGCAACCAACACUGUGAGCAAUGUGACCAGCAUGGCCUAUGAUCUAAUAGUUAACUAUGGUCCAUGGUCCACUAAGAUUUCUGGCCCGGACAUAGCUGAUGUAGGUUCUAAUGUGACACUAAAUUGCUCUGCUUCAUCUCAACCCGCCAGUCAGUACAGCUGGUUCUUCCAAGGUUCUAAAGUGGCAGAGGGCACCGUGUAUCAGGCUGACUCUCUUUCAUUCAACAGCAGUGGAGAAUACACUUGCCUAGCCCACAAUAACAUCACAGGAAGAAACAGCAGUGCUUUGUUUAACUUAACUGUCACUGUGGGCAUUACCUCAGUGAAUGUGACUCCCAGUACUCUCAUCCCUCUGGUCUCUGAGAAUAUGCAGCUCUUCUGUAAUGUGACUGGCAACUUUAAAACCAUUCAGUGGCUAAAAGACAACAAGCCUUUAAAUACAACAGCCACAAAGUCCAUUUCUAUCAAUGACACCACUGUAGAUUUCCACCCUCUGCAGAUCACUGAUGAUGGAUUAUAUCAGUGCGUUGCCACAAAUACUUUUCAGCCACAUACGAGCCAACCAUACCUGCUAAAAGUUAUUUAUGGGCCACUGAACGUGACUAUAACAGCUGACAUCAAGGAUACCACUGUUUUAAUGUGCAAUGCAAAGUCUCAGCCACCAAGUGUUUACCACUGGCUCUUUAACAACACUGUUAUUAAAGAGGAGGCCAAGUUAGUUUUACCCCUAAAGAAUUCUCUUGGUAACAACUACACCUGUGUGGCCAUAAACCCCCUGACCAAUGACACAUCGUCUGCUUCCUAUCAUGUUUCAGAACGUAAUGCAGCGGUCCCUCUUCAGAAUAGCGUGUUGCUGACUUCCUUGUGUACUCUUGUUCUUACUGUAUUAAUGCUGAUGAAGCCCUUCUGAGCUGCUAAUUGAUGCUUGCUAACUGACAUACAAAUCGACUGCAUUGUGCAUUCUCCUCUUCCUGAGGUGUGGCAUCUUAAUUUUAUUUUUCACGUUCCCUCUCAGAGGAACAGAUUAAUACCAGAUAUUUAAAAUCAGUCCUAAUGCAUCGCAAUAUUAAGAAUAUUGAACUUUGAAUUCUUAGACAAGUCAUACAUUCUCUAUGGAUAUACAAUGAUCUCUGAGGUGUGGUGGUUGUUUUGUUAGAGGCUUAAAUGACGGAAAGACAGAUGAAUUAGAGCUGUUUUCCAGAAAAUUCUCAGUGACUCCACAUACCAAAAUGACAUGCAGAGAUCUGGGUGACAACAGGACAAGUCUUGGCAUAUUCUUUUCUUUUUCUUUUUCAAAACCAAUCAACCAUCAAAAUGUCAUUCUUGUACCUCUAUCAGUAGUGCACAUUGUCAAGACAGGAAAAAUGAUCACUGCUUAUACAUCUUCUCAUUUUCCAUCAGAGUGUUGUGUUUAUUUAAAAAUUUGUACUCUCUGCAAUCCUUGCACAAAUUAAAGCUAUACUUUUCCCUUACUUUUGUAGACAAAUAAUUAAACCACUGCCAUGUUCUUUUUCAACCCUUUUUGU